AUGGCGGACUCGAACUCGUGGCAGGGCCGCACGGCUCAGAACCACUCUUCGCAGCCCAACGCAGGCAGCCCUCUCACACCAGGCAGCGCGAGCGGUAAUCCCAUCUCCUUUCGAACCAACGUCAAUCGCGCAAAAACCAAACGCUGGGUGGAAGCAAAGCAAUACUCAUACGAUGGUGGCGACUGGGGCGACGAAGAUGACGAAGAAGAAGAGCCUCCUGCGGUGUCUCAGCCACUGAAUCCAACAGGAAGUUCAUCCACCGACAACAAACUAAACGCCAGUGGCGGUGAUCAGAAGGCACUCCCUUUCGUCAGGCCCGCGGAUAUUUACAAACGUAUGCGCGAAGACAAUACCAACAAUAAUCCGUCUCCGCGCGGUACAUCGGAUUCUCUGCCGACCCCGGUGCAGUCAGGUGGUCCUCCUACGCAACCAAGUCCGGCCAGUAACGAUGAUUCAUCGAGACCGACACAGACGAUCCCCUCGAUAGGGUUGCCGGAAUUGAAGAGAAUGUCGGGUUUUGGUGCUGAUUUCCUUGGAGGUGGAGACUCGAGCUUUCAGCAAAACACGAGACCCAAAUCCCAGGAACCCCCCUUGCAACACAACCCUUCCCAAGCUUCCCAGGCUUCCCAGGGGUUCACAUCGGUUGUUCACCAGGCUUUCGAUGUUCCGGAAACCCCAGAGUCCGUCUCCGGCAGCGUGGCACGAUCCAAUAGUGAUGGGACAUCCGUCAUCAGCCCUAUCAUCAGUACUCGUUCGCAACCUGAUAAAACUCCUACUAUUCCUGAGGAACCUACCGAGUCUAGUACUCCGACAGCUGCCUCACAAAAUGCUGCGGGUGACGUUCCUUUCUUUAAGCCUGGUCACCGACGUGAUAUGAGCCUUCCCAGCCGAGAUAACAGCCCGUCAAAGCAACCUGUUAUCACCGACAAUGAUACCCCGUCGGCAGGUCAAGCAGAGAUGACAUCGGAGUCUCCGGGCGAUUUUACCUCGCCAGGAAUGUCCCUUGAUGCUUUAGCAUCCCCGCCGAACACGUCCACAACACUACCGUCCAGCACGGGACAGGAAGACUUUGUUGCUCCUCUCAAACUCGGUAGCCAGGGAACUUCGGCAUCUGAGGCCUACCGGGGCGAAAUUCCUACGAUUAUCCCUGAUGUUGCAGGCAACUCUCCACAUGACACUGACAACGAUCGGUUACGGGAGGAAAUCAUGCGAUCAUUGAGUAGGGAGAAUUCCCAGGAACCCGAGUCUAUCAACCAACAGCCCCCGACAGCAAAUCAAUCACAAUCCAUCCCACACCAGUAUGAAAAAUUCUGGGAUGGGCAGACUGGACCCAACCCGGAUGAUGCUCCAAAGCCUUUGGUCUCCGAAGCCCACCCAGAUUGGAAUGCAGCACAUCCUUUGGCGAACCAGGAUCCCUAUGCCACUAAUCAAACUCCUGUCGCUAAUGCUUCACCUCCAGCUGCUGGAUUACCGACGAAACCUAGACUCGCCAGACGUUUCUCCUGGGAAUCAGCGUCUUCGGCGGAAGAGCCUGUGCCUCAAGCUCCUGCAGCUCCUGCCUUAGACGCAGGAUUAGCCAACCAAGAGCCUGAGCCCAUUCCUGACGAUUCAACCCUGAUGGCCGAGAAAAUGUGGCGAGAGCAGCCCCUGACUGACAGUGAACUAUCCGAUGCCCGUGUAGAGAAACCGAGACUUUCCAUUGUCCCCCCGAUUCCCACAAGCAGUUCCCCACCGGAGCAGAUCAUGGGUCCGACCGAUGGGCCGCUUUCACGUGAAGAAAAGUAUGUGUCUGCCGAUGUAGGCACGUCGAUUGAUGAAAAGAAACUACAGGGCUUCCGUGACAUUCUGAACAAACCAUCUCCGGCCGACCGGAUCCAUGCUUUCGAUCAGACACGAGAUCAGUUUGCUGUUCUGGAUACUGGUCUGACCCAGUGGCUCCAGUUGACCAUCCAGGAGCACCCAGAGCAUGCGGGUCUAAUCCAAUCCAGUCAGACAUUGUCUUCUGGGUUCCCGAAGACUUCUCCCAUCACCAGGAAGUUCCCGAAGCUCACUUCCCUGGGCAAUCUUGCAUCAUCCAAGGAUGAUGGGACCCCAGCCGGUGCCGGCCACGCCAGGCGCCCGUCCGGGCACAUUGGAACGAUCGUGAACCGGCAAAAUGUGGAGCAGCGCGGCAAGGAUUUCUUUCACACAGCGGGAGCGUUUAGUGGUAAGGCGGGGGAAGCUGCAAAGGGCCUCUUUGCCAAAGGUCGAAGCAGAUUCCGAGCUGGCGGAGACAAGGUAGAUACAUGA